AUGCAAACGAACACUUGUACCCUUACCGCCUCCGAGCCCAUCACGCGAUGUGAAGCAGUCGACCACUUCAACGACUCGAACAACAGCAUCAAGAAUUCCCUGAUCAAUUUGGGAAUUGAUAGCAUGACUGCUAUUGCGAUACAUUCAUGGUUGAAGGCAAACAGUGAACUGGACGUCUCGCUGUCUUUGGAUGAAUUAGGUGUCGACAGCAUGGCUGCGGUAGCAAUGUAUUCUUGGCUAAGGACGAACCAUAUCAUGGAGGCUGGCAUUGAUAGUAUGGCUGCUGUUCGAUUACGGUCUUGGUUGAAAAUGACUCUAGGUGUGGAUAUCAGUAUUCAGGAAAUCAUGUCAUAG